ACGUUUAGCUUAGUAGCUAGCAGAGUGCAUAACGUUAGCCAACGUUAAGCACACUGUUGAAACAAUCAGAUACAAUUCUCCGUAUCGUAUACGUUUCUGCGUAUUAACGGGAAUAUUUAGGAUUCAGUAAUGUAUGACCAAGAUGAGGAUAUCCAAUAUGAUGAAGAUGAAGAUGAAAUCACACCAGAUUUGUGGCAGGAAGCUUGCUGGAUUGUCAUCAGCUCCUAUUUUGAUGAGAAGGGCUUGGUGCGGCAGCAGCUGGACUCCUUUGACGAGUUCAUCCAGAUGUCCGUGCAGAGGAUCGUGGAGGAUGCCCCUCCCAUCGACCUGCAGGCUGAGGCCCAACACACGUCAGGAGAGGUGGAAGAGCCGCCUCGGUACCUGCUGAAGUUUGAGCAGAUCUACCUGUCCAAGCCCACCCACUGGGAGAGGGAUGGGGCCCCCUCGCCCAUGAUGCCCAACGAGGCCAGACUCCGAAACCUCACGUACUCUGCUCCCCUGUACGUGGACAUCACCAAGACCAUCAUCAAGGAGGGGGAGGACCAGCUGCUGACACAGCACCAGAAGACCUUCAUCGGGAAGAUCCCCAUCAUGCUGAGGUCCACCUACUGCCUGCUCAGCGGCCUGACCGACCGAGAUCUCUGCGAGCUCAACGAGUGUCCUCUGGACCCUGGAGGCUACUUCAUCAUCAACGGCUCUGAGAAGGUUCUGAUCGCCCAGGAGAAGAUGGCCACCAACACAGUGUACGUGUUUGCCAAGAAGGACUCCAAGUACGCCUACACGGGGGAGUGUCGAUCCUGCCUGGAGAACUCCUCCCGCCCCACCAGCUCCAUCUGGGUCAGCAUGAUGGCCAGAGGAGGACAGGGAGUGAAGAAGAGUGCCAUUGGUCAGAGGAUCGUCUCCACCCUGCCUUACAUCAGACAGGAAGUGCCCAUCAUCAUCGUGUUCCGUGCCCUGGGCUUUGUGUCCGACAGGGACAUCCUGGAACACAUUAUCUAUGACUUUGAUGACCCUGAGAUGAUGGAGAUGGUGAAGCCGUCCCUGGACGAGGCCUUUGUCAUCCAGGAGCAGAACGUGGCUCUCAACUUCAUCGGCUCCCGAGGAGCCAAGCCUGGAGUCACCAAGGAGAGGAGGAUCAAGUACGCCAAGGAGGUGCUGCAGAAGGAGGUGCUGCCUCACGUGGGAGUCAGCGACUUCUGCGAGACCAAGAAAGCCUACUUCCUAGGGUAUAUGGUACACCGACUCCUCCUGGCAGCCCUGGGGAGGAGGGAGCUGGAUGACAGAGAUCACUAUGGAAACAAGAGGUUGGACCUGGCUGGUCCAUUGUUGGCCUUCCUGUUCAGAGGAAUGUUUAAGAACUUGCUGAAGGAGAUCAGGAUCUAUGCUCAGAAGUUCAUUGACCGAGGGAAGGACUUCAACCUGGAACUGGCCAUCAAGACUCGCAUCAUCUCUGACGGGCUCAAGUACUCCCUGGCCACGGGGAACUGGGGCGACGUGAAGAAAGCCCAUCAGGCCAGGGCUGGGGUAUCCCAGGUGUUGAACCGUCUGACCUUCGCCUCCACCCUCUCCCAUCUCCGGCGCGUCAACUCCCCCAUCGGCCGGGACGGCAAGCUGGCUAAGCCCCGGCAGCUCCAUAACACCUUGUGGGGGAUGGUGUGUCCUGCAGAGACCCCAGAGGGGCACGCUGUAGGGCUGGUGAAGAACCUGGCCCUCAUGGCCUACAUCUCCGUGGGCUCGCAGCCCUCGCCCAUCCUGGAGUUCCUGGAGGAGUGGAGCAUGGAGAACCUGGAGGAGAUCUCACCAGCUGCUAUCGCUGACGCCACCAAGAUCUUUGUGAACGGCUGUUGGGUGGGGAUCCACAAGGACCCGGAGCAGCUGAUGAACACCCUGAGGAAACUGAGGAGGCAGAUGGACAUCAUCGUGUCUGAGGUGUCCAUGAUCAGGGACAUCAGAGAGAGGGAGAUCAGGAUCUACACGGACGCAGGCAGGAUCUGUCGCCCCCUGCUGAUCGUAGAGAAACAGAAGCUGCUGCUGAAGAGGAGACACAUCGACCAGCUGAAGGAGAGAGAGUACAACAACUACAGCUGGCAGGACCUGGUGGCCAGUGGGGUGGUGGAGUACAUCGACACCCUGGAGGAGGAGACGGUGAUGCUGGCCAUGACCCCUGAUGACCUCCAGGAGAAGGGCGUGGCCUACUGCUCCACCUACACCCACUGUGAGAUCCACCCCUCCAUGAUCCUGGGGGUGUGUGCCUCCAUCAUCCCCUUCCCUGACCACAACCAGUCUCCCAGGAACACGUACCAGUCUGCCAUGGGGAAGCAGGCCAUGGGCGUGUACAUCACCAACUUCCACGUGCGCAUGGACACCCUGGCCCACGUGCUGUACUACCCCCAGAAGCCCCUGGUCACCACCCGCUCCAUGGAGUACCUGCGCUUCAGAGAGCUGCCCGCAGGGAUCAACUCUAUUGUGGCUAUUGCCUCGUAUACUGGAUACAACCAGGAGGACUCUGUCAUCAUGAACAGAUCUGCUGUGGACCGGGGAUUCUUCAGGUCUGUGUUCUACCGCUCAUACAAAGAACAGGAGUCGAAGAAGGGCUUUGAGCAGGAGGAGAUCUUUGAGAAGCCCACCAGAGAGACCUGCCAGGGGAUGAGGCACGCCAUUUACGACAAGCUGGACGACGACGGGCUGAUCGCGCCCGGCGUGAGAGUGUCCGGCGAGGACGUCAUCAUCGGCAAGACGGUGACGCUGCCGGAGAACGAUGACGAGCUGGACAGUACCAACCGCCGCUACACCAAGAGGGACUGCAGCACCUUCCUCCGCACCAGCGAGACGGGCAUCGUAGACCAGGUCAUGGUCACCCUCAACCAGGAGGGCUACAAGUUCUGCAAGAUCAGGGUCCGCUCGGUUCGUAUUCCCCAGAUCGGUGACAAGUUUGCCAGUCGGCAUGGACAGAAGGGGACCUGUGGGAUCCAGUACAGACAGGAGGACAUGCCGUUCACAUGCGAGGGCAUCACCCCAGACAUCAUCAUCAACCCCCACGCCAUCCCCUCCAGAAUGACAGUUGGCCAUUUGAUCGAGUGUCUGCAGGGCAAGGUGUCUGCAAACAAGGGUGAGAUUGGCGAUGCCACGCCCUUCAACGAUGCUGUGAACGUGCAGAAGGUGUCCAACCUGCUAUCUGAGUACGGCUACCAUCUCCGUGGAAACGAGGUGCUCUACAACGGGUUCACGGGCCGCAAGCUCACCUCCCAGAUCUUCAUCGGUCCCACCUACUACCAGCGUCUGAAGCACAUGGUGGAUGACAAGAUCCACUCCCGUGCCCGUGGGCCUGUCCAGAUCCUCAACAGGCAGCCCAUGGAGGGACGAUCACGUGACGGAGGCCUACGUUUCGGAGAGAUGGAGCGUGAUUGCCAGAUCGCCCACGGAGCGGCUCAGUUCCUGAAGGAGAGGCUGUUCGAGGCGUCUGACCCCUACCAGGUCCACGUGUGUAACCUGUGCGGCCUGAUGGCCAUCGCCAACACGCGCACACACACCUACGAGUGCCGGGGCUGCCGCAACAAAACCCAGAUCUCGCUGGUGAGGAUGCCGUACGCCUGCAAGCUGCUGUUCCAGGAGCUCAUGUCCAUGAGCAUCGCCCCCCGCAUGAUGACCAGCUAGGGGGCGGAGCUCCGCGUGAUGACCAGCUAGGGGGCG